CCCAGGCGGUGCCCCUCCCAUCUCUCUUUCUUUGCUGUGAAAGAUGCGAGAGUUUGUGAUUUCGAAGGAGAUUACGGAAAAUAGUUUAGUCGUUGCAAAAAUACUGAAUCGUAGGAGUCGAUUGAAGCUUGACACCGGUAAAUGGGAAGAGACGGGCAAGGACUCGAGGACUCGAUUGUUUUUGAAGCGACACUCCACCACUACUCGUUGCUGGCAUUUUCCGCAAUUGGCACAUUAUUAGUUAGAUACUGUACCUAGCUCGACAGAAUUUGAAAUUUCACGCUAAAUGCAGACAUGACAGGGAACACAAAUUCUCCAGUUGUUAUUUUGACAAACUAAUUGUCAAGUUUGACAACUUCCUGCCCCCCCUCCAAAAAAAACUCCCUGCUAACGUUGGCUAAUGCUGCUCUCACACAGGUGCCUCAUUCUGAAUUAUUUGAACUGAAGUAAAGGCAUACAACCCAACCGAGCCAUGUCGUCGCGUGUGCUGCUUCGGCAGCAGCUGAUGCGGGAACAAGCCCAGGAACAAGAGAGACGGGAGGCCCAGCAGCAGAACUCUGUGGCUCAGCUCAGGGCAACUGACUCCACCCCUGCCAUCUAUGUCACUCUGCCCCCAAUGGCUGCUCGCAAGCCACCCGCACAGGUGCCCGUGGAGGUGUUGAAGGUGCAGAGCCAUCUGGAGAACCCCACCAAGUAUCACAUCCAGCAGUCUCAGAGGCAGCAGGUGAAGGAGUAUCUCUCCACCACCCUCGGCAAUAAGGUGGCACCUCAAAUCCUAGGUGUAUCUCCCUUGCCACUGUCUAGCUCUGCCCCUGAGAUGACUCCCACUGCCCUCAGUGCUCCAAACAGCCCAAUGGCUUUACUCAAUCUGGGAUCCAAGAAAGAGGAGAUAGAUGGCGUAAUUGACGACAUCAUCAGCCUUGAAUCAAGUUUCAAUGAUGACUUCAUGACGUUAAUUGACUUGGGUCUACAGCUGCCUAGUACACUCCCUGGGAACCUCCUGGAUGUAUACCAUAGUCCUGGAAUGGCAGCACCUACCCUCACUGUCAGCAACUCCUGCCCUGCGGAUCUGACCAAUAUUAAAAGGGAAUACUCUGAUACCAAAGCGCUGGUGAAAGAGAGACAGAAGAAGGACAACCAUAACCUCAUUGAGAGGAGGCGGAGGUUUAACAUCAAUGACCGCAUAACGGAGCUUGGGGCCAUAAUACCCAAGUCAAGUGACCCGGAGAUGCGCUGGAAUAAGGGCACCAUUCUGAAGGCCUCGGUGGACUACAUCAGGAAGCUGCAGAAGGAGCAGCAGAGAGCCAAGGAGGUAGAGAUGCGUCAGAAGAAGCUGGAACAUGCUAACCACAGCUUGAUGCUGCGCAUCCAGGAGUUGGAGAUACAGGCUCAGCUCCAUGGCCUCUCCAGUCCGAUGUCCCAUGGCCUGAGUUCAGACCCCUCCCUCCUUCAGCAGCAGCACCUUCAGCAGGGAGACCAUAAACAAGGGCCCAGCGCUGGAGAGGCCUGCUCCCAAACCUUUCUCAGCCUGGGGGCAGCAGCCAUGGCACAGCCUGUCCUUACCUCCUCCCCACCUUCCUCUGACUCCCCUGUGGUUGUGACCAUAAGCAGCCCCCUGGACCUGGGCAGUGUAAGCUUCACCGAGCUGGAUGACCCCUCCAAUGCUGGGCUGUACCUAGACGUGGGGCUGGGGGACAUCAUCAUGGACGAGGGGUACACACUGUCCCCAGAGAGGGUGGACCCACUGUUUUUCGUGUCACCAGGUGCCUCAAAGACCAGCAGUCGUGGGAGCAGCUUCAGUAUGGAGGAGGACUUGUAGCAGGGACAUACUGGGGUCAAACUGGUAGAGCGAGACCAGGGAGUUGGGUAAUGAGAGGGUUGGGGAAAGGAGGAGGAGCACUGGAAAAUAAGAGCUAGAACACUGCAUAUGGCACUGGACUCUGCUUUAAAACAAACAGCCAACGGUUUCACAAAAAAUGACUUUGAUCUGAAUCAUGCAUUAGUCCAAAGUAAAUGGCUAUCCUUUCCUCCCUUACCAAGUUAAUAUUGGUCCCUGAAUUUAGAAACCCCCCCCCUUUUUUUCCCAGCACACCAUCAAUGAUAAAUGCAAUCAUUUUCAAAUGGAACAUAGUAAAAUUAGGAUAUGGACAUUUGAUUUUUUAAAAAUCUUUUUCUUGCAAGCCUCAACUCAACCAAGAUUUCCCUGCACAGACAUUAGAGGAAAUAGUGGUGGUUUAGUUAAGUACAGUAUAUUAUUGCUUCAUUGUAGAGUAUAUACUUUGUGCACUUUAACUUUUGUGGGAAGGUUCUUGUCUAUUUAGUGAAAUUGGCAUGAACUACAUAACGGGUGCUUUAUUGAAAUUAGGUUUUUUUUUUAACGGAGUUGAAUAUCAGGAUUUCUAUAGCUUAAAGUACACAAGUGAAUGCAUUUUACAGAUCUCAUGUUUGUCUAACAAAAAUGUGCCAAAGGGAUAUUUUAUUAAAUAUAUAAGGCACAUAGUUUGUGAUGUAAAAAAAUGAUUUGAUAACCUCUAAAAACCAAAAAUAUAUAUUUACUGUAUCUUACAUUUCUAAAAUAUUUGUGAACUUUCAAAACAUGUUUGUUGCACCUUUUCCUGUUGUCUAUGCAUUUUUUUAAAAGCUUUUGUCUGUUGAGUGGCUAUACAGCCGGUAUGUAACUGAACUUACAAACAAAAUAAAUAUACAAGAAAAGCAAAAGCUGCUGCAGCUCGUCAGACAACGCAGGCCACCUUUCACAGAAUGAUCAUAGAUUUAAGUCUUUAUACGGGUGCAUUAUAUAUAUUUUUUUCAUAGUCAAUGGAAGUAUAGCUUUAACGUUUGGCACUAAUCUCUGAAACACUGCGUGCUGUGUGUGUUGCAGAAACGUACUGGGCUAUGCAGUAUAUUUCUUAGAUGAUCAUAUGGUAAUUUGUGAUGAUAAUACUAAUAUGAUUAUGUUGACUAAGAUUUCUAUAGCGAUUUUCCAAGGCCUUGUCACAUAGACUUGACUUCUAGCUCUAGACAUACAGUUACCUUUUUCUGAGUCAUCUAAUCUGAAAAUGUGUAACAUUCCACAUGUUUUUCCAAGAGACUGAAAUCCGUGCAUGGUUAGUGUGUAUUACUCCUCUAGCCCUCAGUCUGUCUUUCUUUCAUUUGUAUUGACAAGCUUUUCAAAGAAAAGUACGUUCAUUAGCAGUAUAUGUUAGGGGUCUGUUUACACGUCUGGAACUCUGUUUUUCUAUGUAUUGUCAAUUGAUGCUUCCCAGAUGCUGUUGAAACAUUUGUGCCUUUCCUCCAUGUCAAGGAAGAUGGAUGCAGAGUCUACUCUCCUAACAGGCUUUUAUUUUAAAAAACAUAAAAAGAGAGAUGUUUGACACGUGAACUCAAAAAACAAUGCAAUAUGUCUGAUUAUCUGAAUGUUUUUUUAAAAAUGCAGUUUAGUGUUACUUGAACUGCGGCUGUGGUUUGAUAUGAGAUCCUCUAUUUUGAAUCAUUUCGAAAAAUAUAUAUUGCUGUUCUGAUUUUCACUUAUGGUUCUGCGUUUACUGGAACAGAAACCUUUAACAGCUUUAAAGGGAAUAUAUUGUUGGCCACUUUGAAUUAUAUUUGAAAGUGUAUUGAAUUACUUGCUUUUUCUAUUCUCAGCAAUAUUAAGCAAUCUUUCACUCUACUGUUUUCUGGUAUAACCAAAAUUAAAAUUUAGAAAACCUUCAAAUUUCAA